GUGCUACCACACCUCAAUAUUUCAGAGUGAUCGUAUAUUGAAAAAUCAAUAUCGGUUAUCGACUACCAAAGUUAUUGUCUUCUUUGUAAACAAAAAAUGUAAACAAAUUUCAAUCUGUAUAUUCUAGUUAAAGAUAACUAAAAGGUAGCUAUAUAAAUGAUGUUAUCUUAGUAUAGAAGGGAGCUUGAAGGAAUCCAAUCUUUUUUAGCGCUUCUGAGGCUACCAGAGCAGCACCGACUACCUCUUUGCAAUGAGGCGCUCAAAAAAAAUUGAGGAGACAACUAAGGAAUUGACAUUGAAACUAUGACCGUUGUAAUCGUAAUUAAUUCUUAAUCACAACUAGAAUUUUUCCUACCUCAAUAAACAGUCUAGUGUUAGUUUUUAUGAAUACGAAUCUAUUUAAAGAACUUCUUAAAAUAACACAUUUUCUUAAAUCUAAAUGCUGAAAAGUUCUGUUCAGCGCGUAGCAGGCGACGAAGAAGACUUCCUGGCAGCCACAUCUUAUCGCCGCCCGGCUGACGGUCAAUAAAUGUGCCCACGACAGGACAAACAGCAGCCACAGAGGCAGCAGAAACAAUAACAAUAGUAAAGCCGCAAAACUCAACCACAACAAGCCACAAUCGGCAAUCAUCAACACUGGCGCGCCGCAGACCGAGAAGGGAUCAGAGGCCACGGCAGAGGACGAGAAGGAAGGAGUGGAUGGGUUGAAAGCUCUCCCAUUUUAAGGGCGCCAGUUGCAUUUUGACAGCGCCAACGAACCAAAAACACCCGCGCACAGCCAUGACAUCUGCACCAGAGCCCGCCCGCGAGCAGGAGCUCCAGUUCCAGCUCCGGCUCCAAAUGGAAUCCCAACAACAUAGCCAGGCCAAGAAUCUGCACGCCCUGCUGGAUCUGCCCGCGGCGAUGGAACUGCGCCAAAUUGAGUUGAUCUAUCGGGCGGAGGGUAAUGCAAAUUUGGUGCUCGCCUUGCCGCAAUUUAAAAAAGUUUUACGUUUGCCAAAAAUGAUAUCCAACAGACUGCGGCAGGAGGAGUCGGCGCUGAAGCGGAAAGGGGACUGCCAGCCGGAAGGGCAGUGCGAAUCAUCCGUUGGAGCCGUUACCAAAAAAGCUGGCGACUUGACAAUGCCGGAUUUUAUGGCUUAUAUCGGGAUAAUGCGCCGUCUAUUAGGAAAUGAGUUUGUCUGCGGAGCGGAUAUUGUUGCCAUACCAAAGGAAGACGAUAGAUUCUGGAUAAACGAGCAAAUACGCGCCCACAGACCGGUUUCGCGUCUGGAUAAGGAAUUUGUGGGGCCAUUCGGCCUGCUUCUGCCAGAUGUGACCCAAUUGCCUGCCACGUUCGAUGUUUUACUUGCCAAUUUACAGGCAAAGGGCAGAACAGGAGAUGGAACCAAAGAGGAGGAGCAGGAGGACGGCAGGAACCGGAGCUGGAGCGGUGUCCGUCGUCUGGGCGAUACAUAUGCCAUCGAAAUAAAACCCAAACAAGGCUGGAUCCAGUUGGCAAGUGAUGUCAACGAUUUAUUUGAUUUAAUGCCAGCCAUAGCAGAGACAAAGCCAAACAAGGAUACGGAGGCAGAGGACAAGAGGGCGUCGGAGGCCAAGGAGCAAAAGGAUCAGGAGCAGCAGGCAUUAACCCGAGACAAGUGCUGGUGUCGCUACUGCAACAUGCAGCUGCUGAAGCUGCACAAUGGGAAAAUCAAACGUUUGGGCCACUACUGCCCGCUGGAGCUAUUCUCCGGUGAACCCAGUCGUAUGCUCAGUGCCUUGGAUGCACUUCUCGCCUGCCCGCAAAAUAAUUUACGUGUAUUUCGGGAUGGCAAUUUAAUUUAUGGCGAUCACGCGAAUUCGAUUUCCUUCGAUGAAUUGCACUCGCGUGUUUUUCCCGGUGAAAUGAUGGUGCUUAUAAAACAUUUGCUGGUAGCUUGCCUGCUCAGGGAAUACGAGGAUGGCCAAAGGCUUCAGCAGAGCUCUAGCCAGGAGAUCCAGCCAACACCGAGUCGCGAUACUAUUGGCCAGAUGGAGACAAUAGCCGGAGCCGUUAAUGUUGACAGGAAGGCGGAAGAGUGGGAAGCUGGCUGCUUUGUCGAUGCUGGUCAAUCCUCGACCCGGACAAGAGCAGCUGCCGCCACGACCACGACAGAGACCCAAAGGUACACAAAGCUGGCCCGAAUAGACACAACAACAGCUGCAGCAGCCACUGAAGCUGCGGCUGGAGCAGCAACGAGGACAAGCCAACUGUCCGGCAAUGUGUUGGCAAUAGCAACUCGAACGGAAACAAAAACGGAAACGGAAACACUGCCAACUCCAGGCCCAAGUACGAGUUGGAAUCUGAAUUCGAAUCGGAAUCAGAAUGAGAAUGAGGUCCAGUCCCGAAAUCGGAAUGAGAAUGAGCCUGAGUCCGAGGCUACGAAUCAAACUCAAGCACAAAUCAACAAAGCGGAAAUAUUUCGCUUACCAAAAAAUUGUGUGCUGCAAAAAAUUUUGAAUUUGCAAUUGCUGGUAAAGAAACAUUUCGACUUCAUGUGGCACUCCGGCUUUGCUCACCACUCCCAGCGCACUUACAACUCACUCCGGGGAUUGCUCUCCGCUGCCGUGGCCGGCGAGGAAACUGAACUAGACCUGAAACCAGACCCGGAGCAGGCUUACAUGCUAGGAGCAACGGCACUGGAUUGCUCGAUUAUGUUGACGUUUCAGGAAAUCGAAAUCGAAUGGGAAACCGAUUGCCCCGCUGGUGGCAUCCAGAGCGCCGCCGCUCUGCAGCCUUGGUGUGUCUCCCUGCUGGGUCAUCACUUUCUAACGAAGCUCAGUGUCCUGGAUUUGGACCCCAAGCCCGACAGUCACUUUCAUAAAUUCAUAGAGCAGACACGUGAAAUGGAAAAGUGCCGUCGAGCAUUAAAUUAAUUGAUAAAGUUUACACCCAACUAAAAGCCAUACGCAUCGACAGUCGAGCGGAGAAAACUGUGCUACAAUUUUCUGUUCUACAUAAAUUUAGUUUCAAUUUUUUGCUUUUGGAUUCAGCUCCUCUACUUUCCUGCACCACAUACCUGUUCGACGAGAAUAACAAGAGCAUGUUGUAAUCGUAAAGGAGCACGUAAUGUAGAUAAUCCUGCCCUAGGACUUUCUUCGAAUUUUUUGUAUAUAUUAGCUACUUUUCAGAUUAUCAGACUUCCUAUUUGUAUGGUAAAUGGGAAGAGUUUUAAGUAAAGAAGAAAUUCCUGUACUUAUAUUAAAGUUUUAAAAAAUUAUUGUAUUUAAAAUAUUGUUUUUAAAAUAAACUAUAACCCAACCU